GGAGCUGUGCUCCGGGCCGGCCCGACCCGCGUCCCGCACCCGCCGGGCCACGCCUGCCCGUUCUGAGCUGGGCACCGGCACCGGGACCGGCACCGGGACCCGCACCGGGACCCACACUCUGCGCAGGGGCAGCCAGCUGCUCCUCUCCACGCCGUGCCACCCCAACCAGGUCCCCCCACCCGUCCCCAUGGAGUGACCCUGCACGGGGGUCUCUGCACCGGCGCAGCCCCCCACCCCUGGCAGCUGGCCUGGCACGGAGGGAAGCUGGCCGCCGCGAAUAUGAGCGACUUCUGGCACAAGCUGGGCUGCUGCGUUGUAGAGAAGCCACAGCCUAAGAAGAGGAGGAGACGGAUCGACCGCUCCAUGAUCGGGGAGCCCAUGAACUUCGUCCACCUGACACACAUCGGCUCUGGUGACAUGGCUGCGGGUGAAGGCCUGCCCAUGACCGGCGCCGUCCAGGAGAUGAGGUCCAAGGGUGGACGGGAGCGACAGUGGAGCAACUCCCGGGUCUUGUAGCGUAUUCCUGGCUUUUUCAGCCCAAACUUGAACUGCCUGAUCCCCCAACCGGAGGAGAAGCCGACCUCGAGCGCUUUAACCCCGCGGUAAUUUAUGCAGAGCGAUCCUCACCCGGCUCCCGGUGACUUUUGGUUGUCGUCCCCCUGGCAAAUCCCUCCUUCCUGGAGGCAUCGGGUCGGUGACGCGGGGAGGGAGCGGGGACGGCAGCCCCCACCUCAUGCCCAACCAGCAUUUCAGCCGAAAGGACACAACUCCCCUCCCGAAGUGCGCCAGGAGCUGCCGGGCUCAGACGAAAUGUGCCAAAUCCUCCCGGUUUUCCCUUUUUCCACACUGGUGUCUCCCCUGGGCCCCUCUCGGCACCAGGCCGCGGUGCCUCAGUUUCCCUGGGGAAGCACAGCGAGGCCAGUCCUGGUGCAGAGGCUGAUUUGGUGCCCUCCCAGAAAGGCAUAGAAGAGCAAACCCAGGAUUAAACCCUGACGCUUUGGUGCAAAACCGGGAUUAAACCCCGACGCUUCAGUAUCUCACCAGCAGCGGCUCAACGCCGACACCAUCAGCGAGCCCGCGGUGCCUCCAGUCGGCAUUUCCACUGCCGGAAAACUGCCACCUCCCUUCUUUUUUAGGAUUUCUUUUUUUUUUUUUUUUUUUUUUUUUUUUAAGCUCAGAAAAAAACAACUAGGCAGCCUCCGCCGCCUCGGAGACAGGACCGUGGUGGGACUACCUCCACCCGGGAUCACCACCAGGGUUUCACCGGCACCGGCUGAGGCAGGACGGGGCCCGACCUGAGAGGGGACUCGGGCUCCCGAUUUCGGGCGCGGGUGUAUAUAGUUUAAAUAGCACCGGGAUUAAAUAUUAAAUAGCACGUGCCGGGCGUCACUGCCAGCUGGCAGAGGCUUCCCCCUGUGCCACGCUCCAUGCCACGCCGAGAUGCUCCUGCGUGGAGCCGGGCUUUGCCAGCCCCCCGGCACGCUCGGCGUUGGGAAGCAAGCGCCGGUGCUUGAUUCGGUUUUCCCUCCUCCGGGAAAAACACACCACCCCCCCCUCCUUGAAAUAAAACCCUUGUGCUGCCUGA